CAGUCAUCCAGUCGUGCCUCAAGCUAACCCCCGAAGCCCCCCCUUUGCUGUACUCCGAACCUGCAUCUAGGAUGCAGCUACUAUUCCACUGCUUCAAGCUGUGUGUACUCCAUCCCCGAGGUACACUCCGCAGUCUGAAUGCAUUUCAUGUUCAAGGAUAUAUCUCAAACAAGGCUAUUUCGGCCCAUCCUCUUUAUAAAUACUCUGCCAAGAGUCGGCCAAACAAAAACGGGCUCGUCCCGAAGUCUCGUUAGACAGCCAGCGGUUCGGAGCAGCACGCGUCCUUCCUCUUCCCUCCAUCAUGACCAGGGCUCACGGACUCGAGUCCUCCUCGGGCGAGACCAAAAUGGAGGAAGGUGCGAAAUAAGCGACGCCAUCACCACCUGGAGUAAUACUGGAGCCGGACAAUUUGAUGAGCGGAGCCGAGGUCACGGCUGCGAGUUCCUGUUCCAUUUUCUUUUCCAACUUUUUUUUUGACACACCCCGAUCGAUCUGCGAGGAAGGAAAUCAGGAACGGGGGAAGGCUGUGGGGCUCAUUCAGCAGGUUGCACGCACCCCCACCUCCUGCCAUCACCAGCGCUGCGAAGCUCGAAGUUCACCGUUGGACAGCUGGGGUGACGGCAGUGACUGCUUGGCCCCGGUCACUUCCUGUUGCAUCCAUCUUUUAGUGCCUGCCGGCAAUCUCCAAUCUCUCUUCUUGAUUGCCCUGCACUUUUUUUUCUUCUCGUUUUCUUGCUGAUGGUAACGCGACUUCUCUCCAUCUCACUCGUUUCGACAUCUCUGGCCCAGUCGCCCUCACUGUCGUGUUCGCCGACGCUUCGCCAACUGCGCCCCGGUUCCGCCAAAGCCGUCGUUUUUGUCGACAUCGCACGAUCCGCUCCCACUUAUACUCGCUACGCCACUAUUUACACAGGAGUGGUGAUCCGCCGGCUCUCCAUGGCCAAACCUUGCCAGACGCCAAUGCCGUCAGUCUAAUCUGUCAAGUUAGAAGCUACCAGUCUGCGACGAGGGCCCGUCCCGUGCUGUGAUUUACCCUUUGGCCAUUGCCCACACGUUGCUCCGUCCGACGUGCUCCCGCCACAUUGGAAGCUCAAGCCAGCCAGAGUCCUCGGGUAUUUGCAGCCCGGAAGCCCACCGUGUCGCAUCUCUGCUUCCCCCUUUUCGGACCUUUCUGGUUGCACCACCUACACAGUACUCGCCAAACGGUACACGUACGGUUACUAUUUUGCCAGGGCAAGGCACGUAGCGUGUGCUACUGCUGCCCGGGCGUUGCGGCCAGGAAGUGUCAGUGUUGGGGUCAACAGGCGGUUGGUUGGGUGAGUGAGAGUGAGCGUGGUGUUGGUCGUGGGCGUCACUUCCUCCGCAUCUGGUCUCCUCCCGCAUAAAUACACAUCAGCCCCUAGCAACAACCGCCCAAACGACUGCUGAAUCUCCGCUCGGGCAUCGAUUGUCCGCCAUGGCUUCCAUGGAGGCCGCAAACGCUCGCUAUCACAAUGGCCAUCAACAGCAACAGAUCGGCGGCCCGCCCCUGCCCGCUUCGCCUACUCUAACGAACCCUGAUAUGAUACUGCCGGACGAGAUUGAUCAGAGCUACUCCCCCGAAAAAGAUCUUGACGGCCGUGGCCACUCGCCGCUCGGCAUGUGGAAGGGCACACACGCAGCUGCGAUAUCUGCCGACAUGCAACACAUAUUUUCAACAACUAAUUCGGGAGGGAGUACGGGGGGUCUGUCUUACGGCCUUAACGCACCAGCAACGCCGACGACACCUAUUAUAUAUGGCAACGGAACCAUGUUGUCGGACAUUGGGGAGGUUACGGAGGUGGAAAGCACGCCGGGGAAGCCGUCUCCAACGCGAAACAAGGGUCGAAGGGCGACAUCGCUCACACGUCGAACUGGACUGGAUGCCACACUGCGAUCCUCCCCUACAAUAGGAGCAACAUCGGCCAUGCAAAAGUCGAAGCAGAUUGCAGCAGUCACACGUGAGCGCAGAGCCAGCAUGGAGAGUACGAGUACGAUAACAACGGAGAAUCAGGCCGGAUUAUUCGCCGACUUUGACGAUUCCGCUAGCGUGGAGGACAGCGUCUUUCAAGGGGAUGAUGAGGAAAGCACCGCCUCCUCUUACCACGAGGGAAGGCUGGCUGUUGAUCCUGACAGGUUAGGGGUAACCAGGAUGACCAGCAUGGAUCGACUCAGCACUUAUUCGACAAGCUCCUUGAGCCGGCGGGCCGAGGAGAUUCUGGCAAAUGCGAAACAGCGGCUCACGACGAUGGAAAGUAACUUGACUCGUGCGCGAAGCUCUUUACACAACAACGCAUACGGGUCUGACGGCUCGACGCCGUCGCCACCCUUUCAAAGAGCCGCAACAGUAGCGCAACCACGAGAUGCGGCCACAAUCAUCGCUUCAGGUGCUGCCGCGAUUUCACACCAGGCUUCUUCUGGACACACGCGAAUAUCGAGUGACAUUGCUAUGCGCAACGGGCUGCCAUACCGGGUCGCUGUACCGAGGUCACAAAGUGCUAUGGGUGUAUCAGGCGGAUAUAGGCAACCUCUGGUCAUGUCACGCAGCGCCGAUCAAAUUCGUGAGGAGAUCGAUGAUGAGCACGGCCGUCCGACAUACAAUAUUCCGCCAGCCAAGAAACCAGGUCCACACGCUCUGACGGAAGAUGAGGUUGCCCAACUCGAAGGCCCGGACAAUGAAAGUCGAAGCGCCAGGAUAGAGGAGUUUCUCAGUCCCACCUCUGGGUCGUUUAGCAGCAACGAAAGCCGAAGGAAUUCUCUGCUGCGAUCCACCUCUUCUGCUCAGAUGCGAGAUAUAAAGGAUCAAAUGAAGGAUCUUAAGGGGAAAAUCUCAACAUUACGCGAGCAAGCCCGAGCAGACAAUCUCAAACGGCGGAGCUUGCAGAGCCUCAGAACGCCGAGUCCGUUCACGUAUUCGCAAAUGGACCAGUGGUACACGGAGCCCCCUUCCAACAGGAACUCGAUCGCUCUGACGGGCAGCGUAUCGGGGAGGAACCCCUGGAAUGGAGAAGAGUCUGAUCUUGAUGGCGAUGUCAAGGACAAUGCUCAAGUCAGUCUCAGGGGUAGCCACCUGGAUGACGUGACGGGUAUUUCUCACGGCACACAAGCACAAGGCGAACUAGACCUGGACGACUACCGGGCCUUGGAGACGGACGAUCCCAUGCAUACUGCACGCGAGGAAGUGAGUCCCGAUGACGACGAUGUCUCGGACAUGCUCACAGAGAACGGUGACGUGGAUGACGAACAACUAGAAGACGAAUUCCAGGACGCCGACGAAGAUAUCAAGAGCGAAAGUGGAGAAUCACUGUAUCACGAUACUGUCCAACACCAGAUCUCCCACGAAGAUCGCGAGGACGCAUUUGAUUACGAGCAUUUCUUCCUGCAUAGCGCUAUGGGCACCAUGAGCCGCCAAAAGCUGGAGAGACGAGGCAGUGUAGACAGCUACACGUCAGAAGAUUCGGUGGAAACCACGAGAGGCCCCACGAGGACGGACGACUACAGCGACAGCCCUAGCAAGUCCCUGUCUCCCAUGAGCAGGCGGAACAGUAGGGAUUCUGUUUCGACAGUAGAUACCUUCGCUACUGCCGAAGAGGCUAGGUCACGCAAGUCACCGGUCACACCAGAAAUGGGCUAUGGUUUGGAUGGCACGUUUCCCGGCUUCUCUAGGAUAUCUAUAUCCCCAGAUCGCAACAGAAGUCGAUCUGCCAAUUCUGUCAGGACAAAAAAAUCAUCAUUCAGCGCCGGGAGUUUUCACCAUGCCUCGGGAUCUGGGGCAACCCAUCCGCAUAUGGCUGGGGAUAGCGACGCUUCCAUUUCAUCGAUACCAGAGGAGGGUUCGGAGGGAGGCGCACAUCAAACUCCACGGCAACCGAUUCUCAGGAGGCCCACAUCUGUUUCCGCAUUCUCAUCUCUCCAUCGACCAUCCGUAGCAUCACUUGACUCUCAAGGCACCAACCGGAGCUUUCCACUAGUUCCCAGCAGCAAAACAAAACGAGCCAGCAGCAGUGGCAUGCUCACACCCAGUGACUCACCCGAUCACGAACUCAAAAGUCUUUCUGAGAGUUUGAUGAGCGAGACGGCCAGCGUCUAUGAGCAAGCGAAAGCCGGUGGCGAAUCCACCAUCGGUCCCAGGGCGAGGGCUACCAGUGCAGCUAGCACCUUCACCGCUGGAGGCCUUGGCCCGCCUAGGGAAAAGGCCAAGCCGCUGCAGGAGCUGCUCAGGGAGGAUAAGUUCCUCGUGGAGAGGCUUGUGGCAAACUUGGGCAAGUGUGUGCUGGGUCUGACGGAGAAUGGGAGGGCGAGCAUGGAGAGCAGGCAAUUCAGGCGGAGGAUCGAGGCUGCGAACCGGAUAUUGGAAGGGUUGGGGGAGCCACCCGAGUGAAGAGAAUUGUGUCUCAUGAUGAGCACGACAUUGCAUUCAUCAUUACUAGACACGCGAGCAUCUGGCAUAUUCUGGAAACGCUGUUUGAAUGAGUGGCUCGCUCAGCUCUGUCACCAUAGCCCGGCGAUGCUGGUCGCUUCGGUGGCACUGUGUUGUUGUGUGAGUGUGCAAGGCAUGGCAUGGCAUGGCAUUGGCAUGGCUUUGCGUCGGGACGACGAACGACAAAUGAAACAUGAACGGACGAAACGGACGUACUUGAAAAGUUCUAUAUACACAAAAGCGAAUGGGUUUUAUUGGUGGUGGUGGGAUCAUUAUCUGGGGGAUGGGGAGAGGGAAGGUGUGAGGAGAGGUUGUGUUGUUGUGUUGCGAUAUCACUUUUUAAUGCUUAAUGGAAAAGCAUACAGCGGAUUCUUCUUUUUUUUUUCUCUUCACUUCGAUAUAAGGAUGUGGUGGGUGGUGGGUGAUUCUGCCCUCACCCCUGAUAGCUUGUGAGACUUGGUAUCUGAAGAUUAUUUCUUUCUUUUGUUUGUUGCUGUU